GGGGGCUGUGCCAUCUGCAGGCUCGAUGCCUGGACAUGCACACACAGCUAAGUUGUAACAAAUCAGUCCCUUUCUCCUUUGGAUUUGUUUUAGAGUGCGCGUUUUUUUUUAUUAUUAUUAUUUCUUUGUGCUUUAAAUACCUACUCUAGUUUCCUGCUCCUCUGUCGGACAGUUUCGAAAUAUGUCGAGAGGCGGAGACGUUUCUCGUUCCUCCCGAAUCCUCCCCAAGUUGGGACCCCACUGACGCGCUAUGGCAUGAAGGGCCAUACUGGUGGACAUCACUAAAGCUGCCAGGUUUCCUUCACUUGAUUGCACCUUGCCCAGCAGUGGGCCAGUUUGACUUUUGUUUGCCAAGUGUUAAAACGUCACUGCCAUCAUGCAGACCUCAUCGCUCCGCCGGCAGAUGAAAAACAUGGUGAACAACUACACGGAGGCUGAGGUCAAGGUCCGAGAGGCCACCUCCAACGACCACUGGGGACCUUCCAGCUCUCUCAUGGCUGAAAUUGCAGACUUGACCUUCAAUGUAGUGGCCUUCGCUGAAGUUAUGGGAAUGAUCUGGAAGAGGCUGAAUGAUCACGGCAAAAACUGGCGUCAUGUUUACAAAGCGCUUACGCUGGUGGAUUAUUUGGUCAAAACAGGGUCUGAGCGCGUGGCUAAAGAAUGCCGGGACAACAUAUACACCAUUCAGACCCUGAGAGACUUCCAGUACAUAGAUCGAGACGGACGUGACCAGGGCGUCAAUGUUCGAGAGAAGGCCAAACAACUGGUGGCUCUGUUAAGGGAUGAGGAGAAGCUGAAGAAGGAGAGGAGCCAGGCUCUGAAGACAAAGUCGCGCAUGGCGGGGGUCACCAGCAGCGUAAGCUCUGGAUCCAUGCCCCCACCAUACCCAGGACGCCACACCGCCAGUUCGUAUGGGGAUGAUUUCAGCGGGUGCAGAGGCUCACCAUCAUCCAACCACCCCUCCUCUCCUCAACUCGCUCCAGACCUGGAACAAGCUCGACCAUCAACCACUGGAGAAGAGGAGCUGCAGCUGCAGCUGGCCUUGGCCAUGAGCCGAGAAGAAAGUGAAAAGUCACCUCCCACAGUGGACAUUGAUGAACAGACUCAGCUCCAGAUCGCUAUGACUCUCAGCAAGGAGGAGGCCAAGAAGCCAGUCCAACGUGGCCCUGCUAGGAACAUGGAUAUGGACGAGGACAGCCAGCUCCAGUUAGCCUUGAGCCUGAGCAAGGAGGAGCAUCAGCAGGAGCAACUCAGUCGCCAAGGAGAUGAGUCGCUGCUCCAAAAAGCUCUGGAGGAGAGCAAACGUGAAAUGGAGGCAAAAGGGGGGACUUCCUUUAUGGACCUGGUAGAUGUUUUUGCAGUGGCUACAGAUCCACCUCCCAAUAACCGUGGCUGGAAGAAUGCUCCACCCCAGGCAGCCACUGGUGGUAGGGGUUCAGACCCCUGGGACUCCUUGGAAGACAGCACAAACAUUCCUAGAGCAGAUUCUCCCUGGAUGGUACCUCCAACUUCCAACAGUCCUCCACCGCCAUGGGAGCCUCCAGCCAAUCCCUGGGAUGCACCGCAGAGCCAUGUCUCCAGCCUCAACCCUGCAAGCCAAGUAUGGGCUUUCCCUGCAAACACAGCUUCCCCAGGAGUUGAUCCAUUCUCUGCUUUGUCAGAAAGAACAGCAAGUAAGGGAACAGUAAAAGAAGCUCCUCCGCGAAGUGUAAGCCCCUCAGAUGGGGAUCUGUUUGAUGAAGCCAUGGAUGGCGGUCAGGUGAGCAUUAAUGGACGAGAGGAGGGCAGUCCUGAGCCGUUUGACCUGUCUCGUCUUAGAGAAACCUUGGCUGCCCCCAGCCCUCGCACAUGCCAGACACCUGAGGCAUUCCUGGGCCCCACAGCAGCUUCUUUGGUAAACUUGGACAGCUUGAUCCCAGCAAACCCCUCAGCCAAGAACAAAAACCCCUUUUUAUCAGGCCUGAGUGCUCCUUCACCCACCAAUCCAUUCCAGUCUGAACAGCCAAAACUGAGUCUUAAUCAGAUGGGCUCCAGCUCCACCUCUGUGACUCCCCAGGCUACUUCUCUUCCAUACAGUGCCUCCCUGCCCCUGCCUAUGAGCCAUCAGGGUGCCAGCAUCCCUUCGUCACUUACACACCCCACCCACCCUGGUUUGGACCUACCAAGGAACCUCCCUGAGCCCUUGUUGCCCUUCUCUUCUGCUAGUUCUCAGGGAUCAGAUGCUGCACAAAACCCUUUUCUAUAAGGAACAACUAACUGAAGAAAAUUGCCUGAAAAAAAGAGGGAAUGUCACUAGGUUAUGCUCCCAGAAUAACAAAUAUUCUGCAGACCAAACUGCAACGCUAAGAACUUGUAUGCAAUGCCUAUUCUUUGUUGAUUUUAUAUCGUUGUACAGUUCAGUAACAGUUAAGAUUGAUGCAAGCUGGUUCUGCUCCUCACUACAAGCUAAAAAAGAGAUAACAGAUUUUUAUUAGAAAUUAUUGAUGUCAUGUAAAGCUCAUUUAAGGCCAUAAUCUGUUGCUGACUACAGACUACACACAAGCACAAUUUGAUAAUACUUUGUUGUACUUGAACUUAGACGUUAGAACGAAAUACCUAUGAUUUCUGAUAAUUGGCAAAAGUUGUUUGGAGCUUGAUAUGUUCCCCAUAUAUAUAUAUAUAUAUAUAUAUAU